AAGGAAACUGAAGGAGUCAGAAGAAGAUACUGCAAGCGGAAGAAAGGGGAAAAAAGACAGCUCGGCAAAUGAUCCUCCCACAGCAGCGUUGAUCCGAGGAAAGCUCACCGGGGAGAAAAGAAAUUGCGCUUUUCCUUUCUUUUUUUUUUUUUCUUUCUUUUUUUUUUUUGUGGAGGAGAAGAGGAAUCUGGAAGCUCCUCAAGUCCCACAAGAGAACAUGGACUCUGACUCCGGAGAGCAGAGUGAUGGGGACCUCUCACCAGGUCACGAGAGCUUCAACUCACGCUCCUUGGCUCUGCAGGCUCAGAAGAAGAUCCUGAGCAAGAUGGCGACCAUGGUAGUGGCCAAUAUGUUGACAGAUGACACCAGCAGCGAGAUCUUGGACGAGCUCUACAAAACCACUCGCGAGUUCACCAAGAGCAAGAAGGAGGCCCACAAGAUCAUCAAGGACGUGAUCAAGAUCGCCCUGAAAAUCGGCAUCUUGUACCGCAACCACCAGUUCAACCCGGAAGAGCUGGACACGGUGGAACGCUUCAAGAAGAAGAUGAACCAGGCGGCCAUGACGGCGGUGUCCUUCUACGAGGUGGAUUACACCUUUGACAGGAAUAUUCUGUCCGAGCUCUUGCUGGAAUGCCGGGACUUGCUUCACAUGCUGGUCGAGCAGCACUUGACGGCUCGCUCGCACGCUCGCAUCGACCACGUUUUCAACCAUUUUGCCCACGGCGAGUUCCUAGCUGAGCUGUACGGGGACGGAGAUGAGUACAGACUCUCUCUGAGGAAGAUCUGCAAUGGUAUCAACAAACUGUUGGACGAAGGCACGCUUUAACAUUUCAGCUCUCUUGCUUCUCGGUCUUCCCCGGACCGCUUGCCUCACUUCCUCCUCUUUCUCUCUCCACUUCCUGUUUCCUGCAUCUGUUUCCAUGGAGCUAUUUGUAACAUCCUGCAGCUGUGAAUCACUGAGGGUUGUUUCAUUAAAAUUGUCUCUCAAUUCACACACUUGGAUAAUGUGUGUCACGUACUGUAUGCGUCCACAGAAAGCCGUUUGAGCAUUUAUUCCAUAUCGCGGAUAUCCAGCUUAAGGUCCAUGUACUAGUAUGCACCUUUUCAAUUACUAUUUCCACUUUGGUCUACUGCUACAACAUUAAACUGGAUAGCACGGUUUUAUGGGAAGCUUUUGUUUAGCAUUCAUUCAAUAUCCAAAAUCCAUCUUAGUUUAUUCAACGUCAUUGGCAAUAUACUACCAUUGAAUAGCAGUAAUGCUAAGUCAAUUACAAUUUUCUACAGGGAGAAUGUUGGAGAAUCUGACCAUGCUUCCCUAUGAGUUAAAAGGUUGGAAAUAAUUUUACCGGUGCAAAGGUUCCAGUAGAUGGCAGUAAUGAACCAUGUUAGAUAAAGUAUGCGAUCAACCCAGCGUGUGAUUCUGUAUGUGAGCUUUCUGGGAGAAAAGGCUGCAUUUUAAUGGUUUGCUUCUAAUUGCUUAAGACCAGAAAAAGGUAGACUCAGUGUUUUUCCCUAGUGAAAAAACAGUGUAUUCUUUCACUUUGUAGAUAAGUUGUACAGAAUACAUAUAAUUAUAAAACACAAUAUUCCAUGGGUUUUGAAAUUGAGGAUAAAAUAGUCUCAAAUCAGUAGCAAUCAGGAAUUGGCUGUUCUGAAAUAAGCUGACGGUGAAUGAAUUAUGGUCCUUGUACUCAUAAUCUUGUUUUCGAUUGCCAAAAACUUGCCUUCUAUUUGGAUUUUAAAGAUAAAAGUAAUCAGUCAUAUCUUUUUGUGUCGUGUAUAUGUGUGCGCACAUGUGGUUGUAUGGGCUUGGCAUGAAUCAUAUGUACAUAAGACCAAUGACAAGUCUUGUUUCUGUGUCAAUUCUCCAGGGUUGUUUCACUUGUCUUUUAUUAAAGAUUUCUUGUCAACGUCAUCUUGUCCUUUCAUCUGACAAUAACAGGAACAAUAUCAUUGACUCUUUCUUUUCAAUGUUCAUUGUCAAUAUUGAUUGAUGUUUAUGCUGCAUAUGAGGGAAGAGAACCAUUUCCAUGCCCACUGUUUUCAAAAAAUCUUCCAACAUUAGCUGUUCACUCACAAAAAACAGAGGCUUGAAAAACUUGAAGUUUUACUGCGUCUUUUUGAGGGGUGGGGGGUGAAAUUGUCUCCAAGACGAGAAUUAUAUGGAUGGAUUGGAUCGGGGAAAUAAACCACAAAUUGCACACGAGGCCACAAGUUUCCUGCUGGCUUGACAAAGACGCACGCGAAGCAUGACUUUGCCGACAUGCAUUUUGAAAUAUCAUCCUAUAAACCACUUCUGCUUCAGUGGAGGGCCUGUGGUGCUCCAUGGUCCAUGAUGACCAACCAUACAGUCAGCAUAAUUUCUUACACUGAAAAACAAAAACAUCAAAGUCAGCGAUGUGGUUAUUGUUUUGGAUGGGAAAAAAAAACAUACUUUUUAGUUUUUGAUUCUUAUGUGUAACACAUUUGGAAUUUAAUGUAGUCAUUACUUAAAUUAUGCUUUCACUUAAUAUAUUUAUGUAAGCACAGUGUGGCUUUUCAAGAUGCGAACUAUUUUCUAUAUCUAUAUAGAUUUGAAAAUGUACUACUUUCAGAUGGACAUUUGGGCAUACUAGCAAUUACAUUUUAAAAGGAGCCACGGAUUUAAAGACUUAUAGGCUCUAAUAAGCCACAAUUGUUCUCUUUUACUAAAAUAUGUUAUUAGAAACAUAAAGUAUUCCCAUUGUAUUAAGUCUAUAAUAUUGAGUGCAUGUUUUGACCUAUUGAGGGCGCCAUGUUUUAUGCGCGCAAUGGAGGCACGAGGUGAUGAUGUAAAUUGUCACUGUCACUAGACCGUGUUUUGAGAGCCGCAUGCGGCUCUUUAGCGCUGCCCUAGUAGCUCCCUGUAGCGUAUUAAAAAUGUUUGAAAAUAGAAAAUGUUGGGGGAGGGAAAUAUAUUUUGUGUUUGAACAUGGUUUCUGUAGGAGGAGGAACAUGAGACAUUCGUAAUGUUUUCCAGUGCUGUAAAAAUGUGUAGAAAAAAUAUUACAUUUCAACAUAUCUGUCAAUGAAGAUUUGCGUCAUAGCCUGCGAAUACGUUUCUAUCAGCAGGGCGGUUGUUGAAAACAAACCGGCAGCUAUAUACUGCGUUGAACUGAGCCGCGGUUUCUAAUUCAGAACACCUAUUUGCAGACUUCAAAAACAAAACCGAGAUAAUACAGAAAAUCAAAUACAUGCCUCUCGCACUAAGACAGUGAAGGAAAGGGCCAUAAAAAUGGCAGGCAACAUCACCAAUCAGCAAAUCAAGGACUUUAAUUCUCUGUGAUGAGUCGUGUGAUGUGAUCGAUAUUGAACGCCUACCACUUUUAUGCAGGUACGUGAACUCCGAUUAAAUACUUUACCUUUUCAAAAUGGUGCUGUUUUAUUUUUUUUUAAAUGCAGGCUGCGUUAUGUUGCACUAUGUUUGUUGGCCAGAUAAGGGGCACGUUAUACACAUUGUAUUUUGUUGUUGUUGGUUUUUUUUUAAUCUUUAAAAUAUAAAUGACAUUAAAAUUUGUAUUUCUAUAUUGGAUUUCUUUAAUUUUAUCAAAGCAAUUAAACAUAAUUCAUUAAUAUUGUAAUGAAGUUAAACUUGAGGCCGUAUCGAACAAAAACAAGUAGUCACGUGGUGCAUCAUUCUCUAUAGAAUGCACUGCAAAGAAAAUCAACUUUUAAUCAUGAAGAAUCAUUAUGUAUUUACACCUAACUUAAUCAUUUUGAUAGUAGGCUAAUAUAGAUACAUACAACAUGCGCUGCCUUCAUAAUAAUGCUUCUACACGCAUUUGUUUUUUUGUUAUUUUGGCCGAAUAUGGCUCUUUCAACAUUUUGGGUUGCCGACCCCUGCACUAGACGAACACUACCAGGUUACUCCAAUUCCAUCUACGCGGCGAGACGUCCAACACAUGUGCACAUCAGUUAAAAGCGGCGAAUAUUUUCUACUUGAGUUUUUAUUGCAUCUUUUAUUACCUUUUCAUUGACUCAAAAUACUUUUUGCAUGUGUUUCCCUCUCAUUCCCUCUCAA